UAUACCUACUUGACAAUUUGGAGCUUAAUAAGCAAAUGCUAGGUGGCACUUCAUAAUUGGACUUUAAUUUCAUACCUUUUUUUUUUUUUUUUAAUAUUCAUUUCUUAAAAUAACAACUCCCCAUUUCUAGAGAUGUAGGACUCUUCUUCUCUCCCCAUAUCUCCUAGCUCCAUUUGUUUCAUAUCCAUCAAACCACUCGUUAUUAACUUCUCCUCUGUGUUUUUCUUUCUUUUUUUUUUCUUUUUAAUGUGAUCUUUCUUCUUUGUGUUCUUCACGUUCAUUACUUUUUUAAUUAAACUUCUUGUUAUGGUCACCAAUGUUUUUUUCUUCUUUUUGCUAAAUAUGUGAUUAAAAGAAUAUCCUGUUUGGUUGCUAUGGGGUUGAUUGGAUCAUUAUUACAGAAUGGUGCAAGAAAAUUCAUCAAGAGAAAAGAUAGCGAUGCAGGAGAGACGGGUCGAGCAUUGGAAGAACUUAGAAGCUCUCUUUACAAUGAAUUUCGAACUUCAGAAGGAGCCAAGAAGCAUCAGCAAAGGUUUUGUGGGCCUAUUGUGGCAAUGACCUUCAAUUUUUUGGUUGCUGUUGGAGUUAUUAUGACAAACAAAUUAGUGAUGGGAAAAAUUGGGUUUAACUUUCCAAUCUUUCUGACAUUAAUCCAUUAUACAACAGCAUGGAUUCUGCUUGCCAUUUUUAAGAGCUUGGCGCUGCUUCCGGUCUCUCCUCCUUCUAAAAGUACUCCUUUCACUUCCCUUUUCUGCUUAGGAGUUGUUAUGUCUUUUGCCUCAGGUCUUGCCAAUGCUAGCCUUAAGCAUAACAGCAUUGGUUUCUACCAAAUGGCUAAAAUUGCAGUCACUCCUACCAUUGUUCUUGCAGAGUUUGUUCUGUUCAGGAAAACCAUUUCUUAUAAAAAGGUUUUAUCUCUAGCUGUUGUAUCAGCAGGAGUAGCAGUUGCAACGGUAACAGAUUUACAGUUCAAUAUAUUUGGUGCUUGCAUUGCAAUUAUAUGGAUAAUUCCAAGUGCAAUAAACAAAAUUUUGUGGUCAAAUCUGCAACAGCAAGCCAAUUGGACUGCACUUGCGUUGAUGUGGAAGACUACACCAGUGACAAUUUUAUUUUUACUAGCCUUAAUGCCAUGGCUAGAUCCACCAGGAGCACUAUUAUUCAAGUGGGAUCUCCAUAACUCAUCUGCAAUUUUCAUUUCAGCUCUUUUAGGAUUUCUCUUGCAAUGGUCUGGUGCUUUGGCUCUUGGGUCAGUCUCUAAUCAUAUGCAAUUCUCGUGUUUAUUCUUGAUUUUCGGGGCAACAUCAGCAACAUCUCAUGUGGUGUUGGGACAAUUCAAGACAUGUGUAAUUCUAUUGGGUGGGUUUUUAAUAUUCAAUUCAGAUCCAGGUUUAGUAAGCAUUGGAGGAGCAAUUUUAGCUCUUGGUGGAAUGUCAACUUAUACAUCACUUAAUUUACAAGAGUCUCAUGAAAAUUUGAAUAGCCAGAAUCAGAAGCAAGCCUUACCUUUAUCAAAAUCCAAAACUGAAGCUGAACCACCUACUGAAGAUGCUACUAGUUCAACUUCAACUGCAACUAGUAAUGCAAAUGCUGUCUAGCUAGGUUUCUAUUUUGUUUUAAGCUUCUUGAUGUGUAAGGUUAUGGUUAAGGUUGUAAGAGAGAAUAUAGAAUCAUAGGAAUUUUGAUUUGGUUAAUGAAAGAUAAUUAUGUACAGAAAAGAUUUAUUUAGUUAAAUUUGGCUAUCCUUUUUUUCAAA